UCCCACUGACGCCGCAUUCUAAAACCCUCGAACCAUGUCGCUCUCCACACUUAACCACCCCCCCGCCGCCGCCGCCGCCGCCGCCGCUGGGCGGGGGAAAUCCUUUUCCGCAGCUGUCCCGGCGCCGGUAUCGGUGCGCCUUUCCAGGAGACGGCUUCCUGCCCCAGCUUCCGCCUCCGCGCUCGCGGUCGAGGCGGACCCCGCGGCGGACAGGGUCUCGGCGCUGAGCCAGGUUUCCGGCGUGCUAGGGUCGCAGUGGGGCGACGAGGGGAAGGGAAAGCUCGUCGAUGUGCUCGCCCCCCGCUUCGACAUCGUCGCGCGUUGCCAGGGUGGAGCAAAUGCUGGACACACCAUCUACAACUCUGAAGGAAAGAAAUUUGCCCUCCAUCUUGUUCCGUCUGGUAUUCUCCAUGAAGGAACACUGUGUGUUGUUGGCAAUGGAGCUGUGAUCCAUGUUCCGGGGUUCUUUGGUGAAAUUGAUGGUCUUCAAUCCAAUGGAGUCAGUUGCGAUGGAAGAAUACUGGUAUCUGAUCGGGCCCAUCUGCUCUUUGAUCUGCAUCAGACUGUAGAUGGACUUAGGGAAGCUGAGCUUGCAAAUUCCUUUAUAGGAACAACUAAGAGGGGUAUUGGACCUUGUUAUUCCAGCAAGGUCACUCGAAACGGACUGCGAGUUUGUGAUCUAAGGCACAUGGACACUUUUGGCGAUAAGCUUGAUAUCUUAUUUAAAGAUGCUGCCUUGAGGUUUGAAGGCUUUAAGUACAGCAAAAGCAUGCUCAAGGAAGAGGUUGAGAAGUACAAGAGGUUUGCAGAGCGUUUGGAGCCGUUCAUUGCUGAUACUGUUGAUGUGUUAAAUGAAUCUAUCAGACAGAAGAAGAAAAUUCUGGUUGAAGGUGGUCAAGCAACCAUGUUGGAUAUUGAUUUCGGAACUUAUCCAUUUGUGACUUCUUCCAGCCCAUCAGCUGGUGGAAUAUGCACCGGCCUUGGAAUCGCCCCAAGGGUUAUUGGUGACCUGAUUGGAGUUGUAAAAGCUUACACAUCAAGGGUUGGUUCUGGUCCUUUCCCAACUGAACUGUUUGGAGAGGAAGGUGAUAAUCUUAGGAAGGCUGGAAUGGAAUUUGGGACGACAACAGGUCGCCCAAGACGUUGUGGCUGGCUUGAUAUUGUUGCUCUCAAGUACUGCUGUGAUAUCAAUGGGUUUUCAUCUCUGAAUCUGACAAAACUUGAUGUUCUGUCUGGGUUACCAGAAAUUAAGCUGGGUGUUGCUUAUAACCGUAGAGAUGGACAGAAAUUAACAUCCUUCCCAGCAGAUCUUGAUACCCUGGAGGAAACACAGGUCAAGUAUGAGGUGCUUCCUGGGUGGCACAGCGACAUUUCUUCUGUUCGAAGUUACAGUGAGCUGCCCCAAGCUGCCCGCCGCUAUGUGGAGAGGAUAGAAGAGCUCGUUGGUGUUCCAGUCCACUACAUUGGUGUUGGACCCGGGAGGGAUGCUCUUAUAUACAAGUAAAGGCAACUUGAUUUGGUAUUGUAUUGAACAACAAAUAAUUCAGUCUUGGCUAGGCCGGGAGCUUUGUGCUGUAUCAGCAGUUCCCUUUGUUGCCAUUGUAGCUGUAAUGCAAUGGAGAAUCACUGAGUGGUGAGGUGAUGUAACGCCAGCAAUAAUACUAUCUGGGAAAUCAUCCCAAUAUAUCAGAUUAUGGUUGCGGUACAA